AUGGUUAGAAUUAUCCAGUGCAACUUGAAUCGUAACUGGCCAGCACAGGAUCUUCUGGCCCAAUUUGCUGCAGAGACGGAAGCUGGUAUAUGUAUCUUGGCGGAACCGGCUAGAAUUAUAGAUAGUCCCCACUGGUUUGGCAGCUUGAAUAAACUGGCGGCUAUAUUCUGGAGACCUCAGGCGAUUGCCGGAUCUGGCGCCUUGUUGAGGAGGAGUCGACACUGCGUAGCGGUGAAGUUCAAAGAAUUCAGCGUAGUAUCGUGUUACAUCUCACCUAACUCCUCGAGACCAGAAUUCCUGGAAUUUUUAGACGAGCUGGGUGACAUAGUCAGGUUCAUAGGCAAGAAAGUUUUGGUAGCUGGCGACUUCAAUUCGAAGUCCACCCUGUGGGGAUCACCCAGAACCAAUGAUAGAGGGAUAGCGGUUGAAGACUGGGCUGCGGAAUGCGAGCUGCGUUUGGUUAAUAGCGGCUCAAAGCCUACAUGUAUCCGAAUGCAAGGGUCGUCCAUAAUUGACCUCACAUGGGUCACCCCGGAUUUAUUGCAGGAAGUCGAUAACUGGAAGGUCGACAGCGAGUUGGAGAACCUCACUGACCACUCAUACAUAACAAUGAAUAUAGGUGGAAAGCGAAGGAUACAGAUUAACCCCAGGAGAAUAGGUUUAGGCUGGAACUGGCGAAAGGCAGAUCUUGAUAAGUACUGCGCUACUCUGAUCUGGCACUGCACAGUGGACUCACAGAUAAACAAGGAGACCUCGGCGACAGACUUUGAGGAGUGGGUCAGAAACACCCUUACCGAGGCUUGUGACAACGCCGCAACCAGGAAGAAACCCCUCAACGGUCGAAAGCAGGUGUACUGGUGGUCGGAGAACAUCGCGGACUGCAGGAGAGACUGUACCCGAAAGAGGAGAGCGUGGAUGCGAAGCAGGAGAAGGAGAUCAUCUCUACAGGAAGAUAUGGAGGAAUUCGAGAGGGAAUAUAGGACUGCGAAGCGGAAAUUAAGGCAUGAGGUUAGCAAGGCUAAGUCAAAUGCAUGGCAGGAGCUCAUUAACACUAUCGAGGAGGACCCAUGGGGCUUGCCGUAUAAGAUAGUGAUGAAGAAGCUCAGAAACACCUCUGCUAACAUUAUGGAGUCCCUGGACGAAGCAACAAGGGAAUCCUUGGUGGAGUCCCUAUUCCCGACGGUAGACACAGGCCCCCGGGAGGCGUGGGAGAAACUGUGA